AUGCUGCACCAACGAUAUACCUUGCAACGAAUGAGUGGGAAGGGAACACGUGUAGGUGAGAAGAGAAAUAGGCAGAAGAGUGACAAUGUAAUUGGCAAGAGGUGUUUAGAAAGACGAGAAAAAAGUUCAUAUCCAUUAUGGGGAAAGCCAAUUGAAGCAUCACAAUUCAAGGAAACAGCUGUGGGAGGUCAAAGGGACGAGCGCAUGGCUGCACAGGUGGAAGAGGAAAGUGACAUGAGCAGUGGUCCUUGA